UACGAUUUCAUUAUUGUAUAUCACGAAAUAUUUUUGUGCAACAUUGGAGACAAGAUUUUAUCACCUCGUCCCUAUCAUCCAAAUACAUACAUAUUAAUUCCACUUCUAUACCAACAGUAAAACUUGCAUAUGCAUCUUACGAAUCAAUGAAGGGAAAUAAAGAUGCUUCUAAGUAUCCUAUUAUUAUAAUGCACGGUCUUUUUGGUUCAAAGAAUAACUGGAACACCUUAUCAAAAACAAUACAUCAGCAAACAGAUCGUAAGGUAAUAAGUGUAGAUGCAAGGAACCAUGGAGAUUCUCCACAUUCUACACAUAUGACAUAUAGACAUAUGGCGAAAGAUAUAACUCAGCUUAUGCAUGAUUUGGGGUUUGAGAAAUCUGUAUUACUUGGACAUAGUAUGGGAGGAUCAACGAUGAUGUAUAUAGCUUUACAUUAUCCAGAAUUAGUAGAAAAAUUAAUAGUAGUAGAUAUGUCUCCAGUGAGGACCAGUCCUCAACUCAUGGAGAUAGAAAAAAUAUUUAAUGCUAUGCGUAUGGUAAAAUUGACUGGAAGCCCAACAUUAACAAAGGCGCGUAGAAUGGCAGAGGAACAGCUUGCAGAUACUAUUAAAUCUCUGACUUUCCGUCAGUUUUUAAUAAUGAACCUAGUGGAAGCUGAUGUUGGAAAAUAUAAAUGGCGAGUUAAUUUACCUGUACUCGCGGAAAAUUUUACAACACAAAUAGCAGUUUUCCCACAUAUAGAAUCACAGGUUUAUAAGGGACCAACAUUAUUUGUAGGAGGUGCAUUAAGUGAUUACAUAAAAGUAGAAGAUCAUAAUAAAAUUAAAGAAUUAUUUCCUUCUGCGGAAUUCCUCUAUAUAAAUGGUGCUAAUCAUUGGGUUCAUGCAGAUAAACCAACUGAAUUCUUGAAGAUUGUUAUUAAUUUCAUUAAUCAAACAUAAUUAUCAUAAGUGAAA